CUUCCGCCCUCUUCCCUGAGAUGUUAAUUAAUUAAUUGUAUUUAUCACCUCUGUUGUUCUUCGCCUGGAGUAUAAGAAGAAAAGGUCGAUAGGAUUGACAGCAAGCAUUCAAUCCCGACUAUCACCUCGUAUUCGGUAGCAAACCUGAUCACCCUUCAACCCCCGCCAUCUCAUGUCAAGCAUUCAUCCCACUAAAAUCUGAGAGCAAGCAUACCUAUCCUACAUGGCUUCCACGGUACAACCCACUCCUUCGGGAGCUCCCAUAGCAGAUGAAAAGAACCCGCGAUCGUCAUUUAAUGAGAAAAAUAAGCAACCGACAAUAGCGGCUGUACCUGCUUCGAAUGUUUCGAAAGGACCCGGUGCAACGGAGAAGCCCACCCAAGAAGCCAAGCCUACUACAAACAUAAACACGUCUGCCACAAAUGCUAACGAGACCAACUUGGCGACACGGCCGAUGGCCGAUGCUCAACCCCAGGACGAUUCAGUGAACCCCCAGGAUUUCCAGGGCGAAGUACAAACUACCAACGAUUUGCCGACAAUCGAAACGCUGCGCAAAAUAGAGACAUACACAGUCCUCGACAGUGAUGGAAAGUCACAUACCUUUAAGAGCCUGUAUGCUGGCCACAACUCUCCGCGUCGAGUUCUCAUAAUUUUCAUUCGACACUUCUUCUGCGGGAAUUGCCAAGAAUAUUUACGCACUCUUUCAGCCUCUGUCACCCCGGAUGCUCUCCUGCAAUUACCAGUCAGCACCUUUAUUGCGGUUAUAGGGUGUGGCGGUCCCGAAUUAAUCAAUUCGUACCUUCAAGAAACCGGGUGCCCAUUUCCAGUCUAUGCCGACCCGACUCGUCGCCUGUAUUCUGAACUUGGAAUGGUGCGCACCUUGGCAAUGGGGUCUCGACCAGCUUACCUCCAGGGAAAGUCACUGGCCCAUACAGUCGUGACCGGCGUUGUCCAGGGCUUAAAACAAGUCAAGACAGGCCUAGUAAUGAAAAUGGGCGACCAACGACAAGUAGGAGGAGAGUUCCUUUUCGAACCGGCCACCUUAACAAUAGAAACACCUGUCACGACACCACGCAGUGAGGAAGAUAAGAGGCUUGAGUUUACCAGUGAUGAUAAUAAGGCAGACGAUCAGGAAGACCCGAAGGUCGAAGAGAAGCGUGUGACGUGGUGUCACCGCAUGCGGACGACAAGAGAUCACGCCGAGAUGCCGGAGCUUAUGGAGGUACUCGGUCUAGACGGUACUGGCGCUCCUAUCAAGGAUAAGAAGCGAUGGGAAAAGGCGCUGAGGACAAGAAAAGGCACAGGCUUGAGUAUGGCAAGCCAAAUGAGCCGGAUGAGCAUCGACACUUACCGCACCAACCGUACCACCCAUACCACUCACACCAAUGGUGAUUCCAAGACAGAUAUCAAGGCGUAGGGGCUUUUACAUCAUUUAACAGAGGUCUAAAACGGGAAACAAACCCGUAGCGAAGAAUAUGCUGCGCAGAUUUUAUGCAAUCGGUCAUUACAGCUAUUUCGACUUCCAUUUCCAGGCAACAAAAGCAUUGCGAGGUUGUAUGUCAUAAUUUUUGCGUUUCAGGGGGGCUAGUUGGGUUGAAUGAAUUAAUGCAUCAAAAGAUAGUGCUCAAUGAUACCAUUUCACCUUUUGUCUAAAAUUGUUCA